GACUUUAAAACAUCCAGUACACAAAUUAAGAAAAACGUGGUAAAAUGAAGUUGUCGAAAAGCUUCAUACUUCUUCUGUUAUCAAGUUUUGUGUCAUGCGAAACGAAUUAUUGCUUAACAUCACUAUGUUCUGGUUUAAAGCAUAUAGCUUGUGAAAAUUCUGGUGAUUUUAGUCCAUCAUGCUCAUUUGACAGAAAAAUACUAGAUUUAUAUGAAGAACAUAAGCAGUUGAUACUUGAUGAGCACAAUAAGCUACGAAAUAAAAUCGCAAGUGGCCAGGAAAUAGGAUUCAGUACAGCAUCAAUGAUGAGCACGAUGAUGUGGAACGACGAACUAGCAAAAUUAGCGGAACUUAAUGCCAAAACAUGCAAAUUUGAGCACGAUUAUUGUAGAAAUACAGAAAAAUUCAAAUAUGCAGGUCAAAAUAUAGCAUUAAGUCAAGCAUCAGAUGAAUUUGAAACUUUAAAUGCCAUAAUCACAAAUGCUCAUCAGAAUUGGUACAUUGAAAUCCAAAAUGCAUCACAAAAUGUAAUAGACAGCUAUUAUGCCUCAUCAGAUAAAGUCAUUGGACAUUUUACACAGAUUGUUAAUGAUUUAUCAAAUGAAGUUGGAUGUGCUGUUGUUCAAUAUACAGAAAUUGAUGGAUGGAAGUCGAGUCUCUUUGUUUGUGACUAUGCUCGAACUAAUAUUAUGAAUCUUCCAAUUUAUGUUAGUGGAUAUACUGCCUCGAAAUGUUUUUCAGGAGUUAACCCAGAUUUUCAGGCAUUGUGCAGCAUUAAUGAAGUUGUGGAUCCAAAUUUGACAGAUAGAAAUCAAUAA